GGGCUGUGUGGGUCUAGACCACUGAUUGUGAGGAUGUUGUCAGCGGGGCAGAUCAGGUGGUUUUUGUGCACUCCACUGGUGUUACUGGCCCUAGUUUCAGCACAAGGCGAAGUUCCAUCUCCAAGGAGGCUGCGUUUCAAAGUGCUGAGCCCAAGCAGACUUCUAGUCUUGUGGAGAGAGCCCAAAGGAGACUUUGACAGCUAUCUGUUCCUCUACAACAGCAUACCAGGCGGUCAGCAGAGGGAGAUCAUAGUGUCUAAAUCAGACACUAAAGUGUUGAUAACGGACUACAACCCCUCAAAAGACUACACUGUCGGUGUCAUCGCUGUCAGCGGCAGUGAGCAGAGCAGACCACUUCAAGGCCGACAUAAAGCUGAAAAAGGUGAGAGUGAUGGAGGAGACAAGACUGAGUCCCAGACGCUGACUGAUUCCGUCGUAUCACCAGAGGAUGCCAACGAGAUCUUUGGAGCUGAUCAGUUUGUGUGCCACACUGAAGCCAUCGCAGACAUCGUCAUCCUGGUGGACGGCUCGUGGAGUAUUGGUCGCCUCAACUUUAGGCUGGUCCGCAAUUUCCUUGAAAACCUGGUCAAUGCCUUUGAUGUUGGCAUCGAUAAGACAAGGAUAGGUCUGGCUCAGUACAGUGGUGAUCCGAGGAUAGAAUGGCACCUAAAUACUUUCUCCACUAAAGAAGCCGUCAUUGAUGCUGUCAAGAACUUGCCCUACAAAGGAGGAAACACUCUUACAGGCCUCGCUCUGAGCUACAUCAAGGAGAACUGCUUCAAGCCUGAGUCAGGCUCACGGGUCGGUGUGCCCAAAAUUGGGAUUCUAAUCACGGAUGGAAAGUCCCAGGAUGAUGUUAUCCCUCCUUCAGAGAGCCUGCGCAGUUCUGGGAUUGAGCUGUUUGCUAUUGGUGUGAAGAAUGCUGAUGAGAACGAGUUGCUCUCCAUCGCCUCAGAGCCAGAAAACACUCAUGUCUACAACGUGGCCGACUUCAACAUCAUGAGCUCCAUAGUUGAGGGUCUGACCAGAACAGUGUGUGAACAAGUGGAGCAGCAAGAUAAAGACAUCAAGGAGAAACAUGAACCAGAGAUGAUUGUACCGCCACAUGAUCUUGUGACGUCAGAGGUCACGGCCCGGAGCUUCAGAGUUUCCUGGAGUCACGUGCCGGGAAAUGUACAGAACUACAGAGUUGUUUAUUAUGCUACACAGGGGGGAGAACCACAGGAGGCUGUAGUGGACGGCAGUGAAACAUCGGUGGUGUUGCAGCACCUCAGCUCUCUCACUGAGUACCAGCUGGCUGUGUUUGCUGUGUAUGCAAACGAGGCCAGUGAAGCUCUGAGAGGGUCAGAAACAACUCUUGCUCUUACCACAGUGACGGGCCUGCAGUUGUUGGAUGUGACUCACAGCACCAUGAAAGCAAGAUGGGACAGUGUGGAUGGAAUCUCUGGCUACAUGUUGCUGUACGCGCCUCUCACAGAUGAUGGAAAUACAGAUGAGAAGGAGAUCAAGGUGUCGGAUGCAGUGACAGAGCUGGAGCUGGAUGGGUUGAGCCCUCAUACCGAAUACACUGUUACACUUUACGCCAUGUAUGGAGAGGAAGCCAGUGACCCUAUUACAAACCAGCAGACCACAUUACCACUGAGUCCUCCCAGUAACCUCCAGUUCUCUGACAUCACCCACAACUCUGCCCACAUCAGCUGGGACCCUGCUCCAAGAGGGGUCAUAGGUUACCGCAUCAUGUGGGUCAAGACGGAUGGACUACUGACGGAGGAGGUGGAGGUCGGUCCAGUGAGCUCAUAUGACCUCAGUGAUUUGACAUCUCUGAUGGAGUACUCAGUGGCCAUCUUUGCCCUCUACGACAACGGCCAGUCAGAGCCUCUCACUGAUGGAUUCACUACCACUCCAGUUCCUGGUCCUCUGAAUCUACGCUCCAGUGACGUCAGCAGCGACAGCUUUAAGGUCACCUGGGAUCACUCUGCUGACGACAUUGUCCUUUACAGACUCUCAUGGGCACCGUUUACAGGUGGAGACACAAAAGAGGUGAUCCUGAGUGGAAGCGAUAACACUUAUAUCCUGGCCGGCCUAAGUCCAUCCACUGAGUAUGAAGCUAUGUUGACGGCCGUGUUCAAUGAUGAAUCUGAGAGUGAAACAGUCUCUGUUAUAGAGACCACAUUGGCCGAGACAACCACACUUGCUACCACAACUGCAGUGCCACGUCAGGCUGUCAGAAACCUUCAGCUGGGCGGUGAGACCACACAGAGCUUAGAGGCAUCAUGGGAGAUUGAAGAUCCUAACAUAGAGAGCUACAGGGUCUCCUACGCCAGCCUCAGGGGAGACCAUAGCAUGGAGUCUGUUUUAGUUCCUGGGAGUCAGAGGAGAGCUGUGCUUGAGCCUUUAGUAUCAGACAUGCAGUACAAAGUGACGGUCACACCAGUGUACAGGGAUGGACAGGACGGCAUCAGUGUCUCUGCCAUGGGAGCAACAUUGCCCCUUCUGUCUCCUAGAAACCUCCAUGUGUCAGAAGAGUGGUACAACCGUUUCAGGAUCACCUGGGAUCCACCUCAGUCUCCAACAGAGGCUUACAGGAUCGCUUACCAGCCCAUUUAUGUUCCAGGACCAGUUUUGGAGAUGACAGUGGGUGAAGAUGUGAACUCCGUGCUCCUGUGGAAUCUCUUAAGUGGGACAGAAUACAGCGUUCAAGUGACAGCGUCCUACCCAACAGGACAGAGUGAACCGCAGCUGGCGAACGCUAAAACACUUUUCCUCGGUGUCUCUGGCUUGUUGACCUACCAGGUUCAACACAACAGCAUGUGUGUCCAAUGGCAGCCUCUUCUACAUGCCACACUGUACAGAGUCUCCAUACAGUCUCCACUCAAUGGCCAAAGGCAGGAGGUGAGUCUGGGAGGUGGCAGUUCCCGACAGUGCUUCUAUGACCUCACGCCCGGCAGCCAGUACCAGAUCAGCGUUCACACACAAAUGCAAGAAAUGGAAGGUCCCUCGGUCUCCAUCACCGACAUGACAUUGCCAGCUCCCACUCAGGCUCCGACUGAACCUCCCACUACAGAACCUCCCCCCACCAUCCCACCGGCUAAGGAAGUGUGCAAGGAGGCCAAAGCUGACCUGGCAUUCCUGGUUGACGGCUCCUGGUCCAUCGGAGACGACAACUUCAUGAAGAUCACACGUUUCCUCUACAGCACCAUGGGAUCGCUGGAUCUGAUUGGACCAGACGGCACCCAGGUGGCAGUUGUUCAGUUCAGUGACGAUGCUCGGACAGAAUUUCAGUUAAGUUCCCAUAGCAACAAAGAAGUGCUGCUGGAGGCUAUUCAGAGGAUCAGAUACAAAGGAGGAAACACCAAGACAGGUCGGGCCAUCAAACAUGUGAAAGAGUCCAUUUUCACUCUGGAGGCUGGAGCCAGAAGAGGCAUUCCCAAAGUCCUGGUUGUCCUUACGGACGGCCGUUCACAAGACGAUGUCAACAAAGUGUCCAAGGAAAUGCAGAUGGAGGGCUACAUCAUCUUUGCCAUUGGUUUUGCGGAUGCAGACUAUGGAGAGCUGGUGAAUAUUGCCAGCAAACCCAGUGACAGACACGUCUUUUUUGUGGAUGAUUUGGAUGCUGUGAAGAAAAUAGAGGAACAGCUCAUUACCUUUGUCUGCGAAGCUGCCACUGCCACUUGUCCAUCUGUUUUGAUGAGCGGUAACACUUUGGCAGGUUUUCGCAUGAUGGAGAAGUUUGGCCUCGUCGAAAAGGAGUACAGCACCAUUCCUGGAGUUUCUCUGGAGCCAGGUUCAUUCAACAGCUUCCCCUGUUACAGGUUACACCGCGACGCGCUGGUGUCACUGCCCACCAAGUAUCUUCACCCUGAAGGUUUACCCUCUGACUACACCAUUUCAAUGAUGCUCCGUCUGCUCCCGGAUACCCCCCACGAGCCCUUUGCAUUGUGGGAAAUCCUCAACGCUGACCACGAGCCGUUGGUGGGACUAAUCUUAGACAACUCUGGAAAGACCUUGACGUUUUUCAACCAUGACUACAAAGGAGACUUCCAGACUGUUACCUUUGAUGACACAAAAAUCCAAAAGAUCUUCCAUGGCAGCUUCCACAAGCUCCAUGUCAUCAUCAGUAAGACAUCUGUAAAGGUGGUGUUAGAUUGUUCUGCGAUUGGAGAGAAAUCCAUCAAUGCAGCUGGCAACAUCACCACAGACGGAGUGGAGAUCCUCGGAAGGAUGGUUCGCUCCAGAGGCUCAAAGGCCAACUCUGCCCCGUUCCAGCUCCAGAUGUUUGACAUCAUCUGCAGCACGUCCUGGGCCAACAGAGAUAAGUGCUGUGAGCUGCCAGCAUUGAGAGUUGAGAAGCAGUGUCCUCCCUUGCCUCAUGCCUGUACCUGCUCCCAGGACAGUAAAGGACCCCCUGGACCCACUGGACCCCCGGGUGGUCCAGGCAUAAGGGGAGCCAGAGGAGACAGAGGAGAGCCAGGAGUAACGGGACCUCAAGGGCCAGUGGGAGAGAUUGGCCCUCCCGGACCCUCAGGGCCAAUUGGUCCUCAGGGACCCAGCGGACUCUCCAUUCAAGGGCCCCCUGGAGCUGCGGGAGAGAGGGGAGAAAAAGGAGAGACUGGCCCAGCCGGACAAUUGGGUGUUCCUGGAGGUCCAGGCUCAGCUGGACGUGAUGGCCCACCAGGACCAAGGGGUCUUCCAGGAAAUAAUGGACCACAAGGACGACAAGGACCCAGUGGACCUGUUGGAGCCCCUGGUGCACCUGGAGCUCCUGGACCAGGUGGGUCUGCAGGGCACCAAGGGGAUCAAGGAGUUCCAGGUCCUGCUGGUACCAAAGGUGAUAAGGGAGAAAGAGGUGAUGUGCAAUCCCAAGCUGCGAUCCGUUCCAUCGCACGGCAAGUGUGUGAACAACUCAUCCAGAGCCAUUUGUCUCGCUAUAACUCCAUACUGAACCAGAUCCCCGUCCAGUCAUCAGCAUCAGUCCGAACAGUUCCCGGACCUCCAGGGGAGCCGGGUAGGAGAGGUCUUCCGGGACUGCAGGGAGAGCAAGGCGCACCUGGCAGACCAGGUUUCCCUGGUACCAAUGGCCAGAGUGGACAACCAGGAGAAAGAGGUCUGCCAGGAGAGAAAGGAGAGCGGGGGAGUCCAGGGAUUGGGAAUCAAGGACCUCGAGGACCACCUGGACCUCCAGGUCUGACAGGUGAAGGACGGACAGGCAGCCAGGGCCCACCUGGUCGGCCUGGUAACCCAGGGACAGCAGGGAGGCAGGGGAAUCCAGGCAGCUCGGGACCAGCUGGCCCACCAGGAUACUGUGACCAGAACUCCUGUCUGGGAUACAAUGUGGGAGGGAAACUUUCCAUUAAGCGCUGUGAUAAGAGAGGGGUGUGUAUGAACACAGGUGUUUCCACGGUGUUGCUCCACCUUCCCUCUGACACAUCACAAUGA